CUAUAAAUAGACACCACUUCCCUACUCUCAUUAGUCACAACUUACAAUUCCAAUUUUCCUCCUCUCUUUUAUUAUUACAAGCAAUUCUUCUGCUAUUAUUAAACUUAAAAAUGGCUUUUUCCAAAGCUUUAAUUGCUUCUCUACUUCUUUCUCUACUUGUUCUUCAGCUUGUUCAUGCAUUUGAACCAGAAACAAUCUCAAAUCAAAUGACUCGCCCUGGAAAUGUCUCUGAAAGUAAAGUGGAUUGUGGGGCAGCAUGUGCAGUGAGGUGCAGCGCCACAAAGAGGCCAAACCUAUGCAAGAGGGCGUGCGGAAGUUGUUGUAGCAAGUGCAAUUGCGUACCACCAGGCACCUUUGGCAACUACGAAGCCUGUCCUUGUUAUGCCAACUUGACCACCAAGAAUAAAAUGCACAAGUGCCCUUAAAGAUACCCGGAAUUGAUUUCUAUGUUUAAUUCGGAAACAGCAAAGCCUUAGUCUUGAAAUGAUUUGGGAUCAAAAUUCUAUUUAUGAUAUUAGUAAAAUAAAUCCAUUUUUUAGGCACGUUGUAAUUCUUAUAGCUAGCUAGCUGGUGGUAUGUUUAGUUAUGUUAAGUGAGUGUAAUCUAGAUGGAAGUUUAUGUCGAUUGUUGUACUAUUUUGUAUAAUAGCGGAAGUAGUUUUUAGUAAUCUACCAUUACUGUAUUUUAAUUGAUGUGUAUGGUAUAUUCCUUUUCAAGGGAAUUAAUGCUAUGUAAUGUAUCACUGUUUGAAAGCUACUUCGUAGUAUGGAAUAAAUCCAUUGAGAUUAUAUAUUU